GCUUGACCCAUGACGUAUUUUGGUUUGUUUACACCAAUUGAGUGAAUUUCAAAGCGCCGAAAUAGAUCUGUCAGCCAACGAUGAUCGAGCAGUCCGUGUCAGCCACUGAGCUCGAUACAUAAAAAAGCUCGUUCUUCACGUUCUCCGACCCAAUCCAUUUUUGUUCUUCGACUUCGACUUCUUCUCUUACACUCGUUGCUUGCAUCUGCUACCCCACAUUCGUUCAUAAUGCGCUCCCUUUCAAUGCUCGCUCUCGUGCUCCCUGCCGUGCUCGCAGUACCUCUUGAAGUUACCACUCAUCACCAAUAUCAGUUACCUUCUUCCUGUGUCAUCGCAGACGUCACUUAUCCAGACCCUCGGCACGCCCUCGUGCUCCUUGGCAGGCGAGAACUCAGCCCUCCCACCGGACUAUCCGAGCGCACUUUCACCGACCUCCUAGUCUGGUGCCACGAGUUUGGUCGUUCGUACUCUGGUAUACUUGUUGCUCGUAAGGAAGAUGGCUGCUCUUCUGGAGCUUUCGGCGGUCCAGCAGGGAGUGAUAGCAUGGUUGGUACAACCAAUCCAGGAGGCGCUCCGCAGAAUUCUUCAGCGUCAGGUGAUCAGAACACAGGCUCUUCCGCUGCUGGGUCUUCGACCACCCCUGCAACUUUUACACCUGCCGUUUCACCUGCCAACUCUGUCACUCGUCCUGCAUCUCCGGGGGAUACACCUGCAGAGACACCUGGAGGUGCAACUGGGUCCACGACAUCUGGAACUUCAAACGAUGGUCCCGCCAACAGCAACGCUUCCAACGGAACUCCUGGCAAUCCUGCGGGAGGCAGUCCCUCUGGAAACGCAGCUGCAACCACCGGCCCUGCGGAUAGCAACGCAUCUGAUAACGGGAGUGCACCUGCGACACCACAGUCUGCCCCACCUCCACCUGCCACUGCCUCCACUGCAACAUCCCCGAUUCUGGUUGUCGACGGCACCAGCCCUGUCGCGGACAUCAACGCGUCGGACAGCCUCAAUAAUGCACAGGCGAGCGGAAUAGCAGCGUCAUCCAUACCCUCAGGCGCAACAUCCCAGACUACCCCAGAUGGUACCGUCAACGGUGGCACGACACCCCAGACUGUCCCCGAUGGUACUGUCAACGGUGGUACAACGCCCCAGACCGUCCCAGAUGGUACUAUCAACGGUGGUACGACGCCACAGACUGCUCCGGAUGGGACGUCCGCUCCUACCAGCCCAACGGUGUCUACCCCUGGAACAGCGGCCAAUCCCUCUAUUGCUGGAAUGGGGACUUCUGGUUGCCCAUCUAAUAUUUUGGACGUUACGGGCGUUGUUUCUGUGAGCGUGGGCAGCGCGGCGACUUGUGAUAGCGUAUAAAUUCCUUGUAGCAUUGUAAUGCAGAUGUGUUUCUUACCACUAC